AUGAUUUCUGAUGAAGUUUAUCGUAUGUUCCCUUUCGCCCAACAGAGUUUAUCCAGCGAAUAUACGCCUCGCAAUGGGCUUUCACCACCAUCAUCAAUCGAAAUACAGGGACAUGCACAUAACUCUAAAGUAGAAGUAAGAGAAAAUAAGGAACUGACAUUAAAAUGUACCGUAUCCAGUGCCAAACCAGCAUCACAAAUUGUAUGGUACCGUGGAAAUAUUGAGUAUAAGACAGAUGAUCGUGAAGAUAAAGUAGAUGAAAUUUCACCGAAACGAUUUACAACAACUUCGGAAAUUAAAUUAAAACCAACAGCAGAUGAUGAUUACACGGAAUAUUCCUGCCAAGCGAAACACAAAGCUCUGCCACCAGAUAUGCCUAUGCGUUCAACAGUUCAAUUAUCAGUUUUAUAUCCACCUGGUCCACCAUACAUCGAAGGCUAUACACAAGGUGAAACACUACGUAGGGGUCAAAAAGUUGAACUUAUUUGUCGUAGUCGAGGUGGUAAUCCUCCGGCACAAUUAAUUUGGUACAAGAAUGGUUCUCAAGUCCGUAUGGCAUACAGGACAUCAGGACGUCUUUCGGAAAAUAUUCAUACAUUUACAGCCGAAGCUGGAGACAAUAAGGCAAGAUUUCGAUGUGAGGCAAGCAAUGUUAUGUCACAGACUGCUCUCAAGGCUGAAGUUGAUUUAGCUGUUUUAUUUGCCCCAACCCAUGUGUCAGUGUCAGGACCAACUGAAGCGAGAGUGGGUGAUGUUGUGCCACUCACCUGUACAACAGCUCCAUCAAAUCCACCAGCCGAAGUAAAAUGGAUGGUAGGAGGACGCCAGAUACGUAAUGCGACAUCAAGGACUUCAGUUAGCCCAGAUGGAGGUUGGGUAACAACAUCAAACAUAACAGCACUCGUUGAACCGAAUAAGAAGUCCUUAGUUGUCAUAUGUCAUGGACUGAAUAUGCAGUUAACUGAGAAUGUGGUGUCUACACAUACAGUAAAUGUUUUAUAUCCUCCUUCGCCACCUUUAAUUUCGGGCUACGUCGAAGGACAAAUUAUUCCUGCUGGUUCUGUUCAAAAAUUACUUUGCGUUUCAUCAGGUGGAAAUCCUUUGGCUACUUUAACGUGGUACAAAAACGAUAAAAGGGUGAACUCUGUCAUUCGAGCAGGCGAUAAGUCUGUUUCAGCUGAAAUAACAAUCCUGGCAAAUGUUACUGACAACCAAGCACACUAUCGAUGUGAAUCCCACAAUAGUGCCACUGAAAUUCCUUUAUUUGAAUCUACAACUUUAAGUGUACACUUUGCACCGGAAACAGUGAAAAUUCGUGUUGAACCUGAAGAAUUAAAGCCUGGCAGCGAAGCAACCCUUGUCUGUGAUUCCAGUUCGAGUAAUCCACCCGCGAAGCUGUCUUGGUGGAAAGAUGGUAUUCCAAUCGAAGGAACCAAAAAUCAUUCAAAAUCUGGAUUAUGGGGAGGCACAGUUUCUACAUUGAAACUCAAAAUCAAUGUUACACAAGAGAUGAACGGAGUCGUUUACACUUGCCAGAGUUCAAAUGAAGCCCUUCAACGAAGCGUACACGAGGCUAUAAGUCUCGAUGUCUUAUAUGCUCCAAAAUUUGUUCCUCCACCUUCAUCGACUGUGGUAGGCGUUGAGGGCGAAUCAGUUUAUGUUCCAUUGAUGGCAAAUGCAAAUCCAAUGUCAAUUAAAUACGUUUGGACCAAAGAUGGUCUACCAAUUGUGUCCAAGGCCGGGGACGCCAUAGAUCAACGAAUAUUUUCAAAUGGCUCCACUCUCAAUAUUACAAAACUACAUCGCAACGAUGCGGGUGUAUAUAAAUGUGAAGCCUCCAACACUCAAGGAACUGCUGUCAUCAAUAUAACUGUCAUUGUCGAAUAUGGAACCGCAAUCAAAUCGGUUUCGGAAAAUGUCGUGGUGAAUCCUGGCGAGGAUGCAAUGCUGUCAUGCACAGUUGAGGGAAAACCAUUAAACGAAGAGCAUGUUAAAUGGGAAAGAUUGGGUUAUAACAUGAGUGUAAAGACAUCAACCGCAUUCGCUAAUGGUACAUCGUUCUUGCACAUAAAAGGCGCCCAACGUGAAGACGUUGGAAAUUUUCGCUGCAUUGCUGACAAUAGGGUUGCGAAUCCAACAAACCGGGAUGUUCUUCUAAUAGUUAAAUUUGCUCCAGAGAUCGAUAAGUCACCUACAUUAUUGCGAGCUGCUAGUGGAACUGGUGAACGAGGACGAUUGCCGUGUCGGGCACAAGCUGCCCCCAAGCCCUCAUUUAGAUGGAUGCAAUCCGGCAAGGAACUGAAUAUUAAUCGAACAUAUAAAUAUGAAGUCGAAGAGAAGAAAAUUGAUUCCUUAACGUACGAAUCGAUUUUGAUUAUUGAAAAAGUUGCUCCCGCUGACUAUGGAGCAUAUGAAUGUGUGGCCAGAAAUGAGUUGGGUGAGACAAAGGAGAAUGUUCGAUUGGAAAUAACGUCACCGCCUGAAACACCGCUUAGUUUAAAUAUUCUAAAUGUAACACACGAUUCUGUGACAGUUGCCUGGACGCCGGGUUUUGAUGGGGGACUGAAGGCGUCUUAUAGAGUUCGUUUUAGGGAAGCAUCUUCCGAACAGUACAAGUACAUUGAUGGCCUACCCAACAGUCACAAAUUAACAAUAUCUAAUCUCCGCAUGGACACAUUGUAUCUAUUCUCGGUUAUGGCCACUAACGAACUUGGUAGCAGCAAGUACUUACCCGAUCUCCAACGUGCCCAUACAAAAGAAGCACCACCUCCAUCGCAGCCAGCCUCAUCGCUUGGUGGUCCACCAACAACCAGUUCGACGCCAAUAGGUGGCACAUCGGGGAUGUUACUCCUUGUUGGCGUGGCAUCUGGGAUUAUCGUAGUAUUACUCAAUGUUUUCAUAAUUGGAUGUUGCUUGCAUAAGCGCAAUCAGAAACGGAUGAAGCGCAGAGAAACAUCAAAUCAAACAAGCAAAACAGCAACAAUUGAAAUGUAUGCACCGAGUUCAUAUAAUGAUACAGUCACUGGUGAAACCUUGUCAAGUGUUUCGGAAAAAAGUGAUUCCUAUUCGAAUGAAGGCAGCCAACCUGAAUAUAUUGAUGAAGCAAGGAAAAAAGCUGCCUCAACGUAUUUGGUUGAAAAUGCGGAUAUGCCACCGCCUCGAUACCAAAAAGAUGGAACCCUACCGUCUCUCUACCCGAAUAAUUUAACAAAUUCAAGAACAUUACCACAUCCAAGACAUAAUACAACGAAUCUUGACCAUCGAGCACGUGAUGAUCAAAUGCUCCUUAGUAAAGGAGUAUAUAUUCCGUCCCCAUCGCCGGCGCCACCGCCAGAUGGCUCUUAUUAUAAUAUGAACAGCGAUCGAUAUCUUUCCUAUCCACCUAUGGACUAUCCUCAAGUUGAUUUCCCAACUCCGCCAUUGCCUCUUAACCACCUGCAACAAAAUCAAGCAACAAUGAUUAGCGGUGGCGGCACCCUGCGGCGAGGAAUAAUGCGCGGUGUUGUCGGCGUACCACCGCCCGAUGUCACCCAUCACACAAACAUCCAUUUGGGUCAUCCCCAUCAGCAAUUAACGCUCGAUCAUUUGCAUUUGGGCAACACAAUAUCAUCUUCAACACAAACUUCUACAUCGAAUGGCUCUGCCCAAAUGAAUAAUUAUUCACAAGGGCCACCACAAUCACAUAGCACCCCAACACCAAAGCUGCCACAAAGUAUCCUUAAGGAUCCAAAACGCAAUUUACAAUUGCAAACGCAGCCCCCACUGAAUCACAGUACAACUGGUCAAAUUAUGGGCAUCGGAGUUAGUCCUGGAAUGUCCCAUUCGACAAGUGGGACAUCGGGCAGCAUGCAAUUACUUAAUAUUCAAAAUUCAUCAGGUAUUAGCAACAAUCUAUUAGUUGGCGGCGGCUACGAUCCCAGUUCGCAUAAUUUAAGUACAUUUAAUACAUCACAAAUGGGCUAUACGGACGCCGAUGGUCACUUAGUGUAGUAGAGAGUUUUAUUUUUCUGACAAU